AUGAGCUUACAACGCUCAGUGCUGGCGGCCACCUGUGGCGGAUCAGCAAUAGCAAUAGCUGCUGCCCUGUUCUUGACCGUUUCGUUGCUGUCCGACAUCAACUCGUUCUAUGACGAUGUCAUCACUGACUUGAAUGAGUUCAAAGGCUAUGCCGACGACGCUUGGAAGCAUAUGAUCCGAACAACUGGUGGAAACCGUCAACCCUUUGACGUUAUGGUGGCACGAACCCGCCGUGGAGCCGGCUAUCAGAUACCACCAUCUGGUGUCGAAGUACAACCCGAUAGCGGAGUUCAAGCGGCUAAAUAUGCGAAGAUGUCUAACUAUGUUAAGAGUGCCAAGCGCAGUCCUAGAGCAUGUCCGCCUGGACCUCCUGGACCACCUGGAGCACCCGGAGCGCCUGGAGAAGACGGCGCCAAUGGUGAGAACGGUGUACCGGGUAGAAACGGCAUGCAAGUAAUGGCUCAGCACAUGAUGGGCGGCUGUAUUAAGUGUCCUCAAGGACCUCCUGGUCCACCAGGUCCUGACGGUCCAGCGGGAUCCCCAGGAUCGCCAGGAAAUCCUGGAGCUGAUGGAUCGGGUGGCGGUGCUGGCGCUCCUGGACCUGCUGGUCCUCCUGGAAUACGGGGCGCAGACGGAAACCCGGGAUCGGCUGGAUCUCCUGGAGCAGAUGGAGCGAAUGGAGUGAGAACUAGAAACCUGCCGGGACCCGCCGGAGCUCCUGGACCUCAGGGACCGCCUGGCCGCAACGGAGAGAAUGGAAGUAGCUCUGCAGGAGCACCUGGCCCAGCAGGUCCCCCUGGACGUCCAGGAAAUGACGGUACACCAGGAGCUCCUGGUGCUCCUGGGCCCGCAGGAGCAAAUGGUGCACCCGGAGCAGAUGCUGCCUACUGUCCUUGUCCACCAAGAUCUAUGCUGGUUGCAACAGGAGCUGCAUCGGCAUCCGCAGCCGUUGUAGGCAAAAGGGAACUCAUCGAGCCGGAGGGUUCUGGAGAAGGCAAAGGUGACCUCGGGCCGGUGAACGUAGGAAAAGGAGUUGUUACCGAGGAACACACAGACACCCUUCUUACUGGUAACGUUGUAGGACCCGAUGUAGUCAAAACUUUGCCGACUGGGGCUGAUGUUACCAGUGGGUCAGUGACUGAAGGCGCUUCUCCCCCUAGUGUGGCACCUACUGUACCAACUGCAACACCACAAGUAACGGUAGCAGUGCCUGAGUCGGCACCGGUACCUCCCACUUUGUUGAAUGGGGCACCUGUUCCACCAUCUUUGCCCGAAAUAGCCUCUCCUGCUAUUCCGCUCCCCACAUUGCACUCAAGAGCAACUAACUCUGCCCUCAGACUACGGCGAUAUUUCAACCGUUUCUACUGGCAUGCAUAA